UCUACCGCUUGCUCCAACAGGAGACUAUGGGAUGUAAAGGAAAGACUAAUGCGGACGGAAACGUGUGAAGUGGAUCUAAGUUAAGGAUUGUAAAUAUAAUACCACUGAGACGUAAUUAAGGUUUCAGAAAACAAAGAGGUGUUUGUGCUCUGCUUUAAAGAAGACACUGCCUUCAGCAUGCUUUGUCCCUGUUUGAGCAUAUCCUCCAGCAGACGCCGCUGAUAUGGAAGCAAGCAAAGGAGGCAAGAUGAUGGGUGAGGGGAGACCUUUGACUGGAGGCUGUGAAGAAAAUUCAGUGGGGCAACAUUCUGAACCCAUGAUCCCACCUCUACACACCUCAUGUGACACCUCCCCUCCUGAGCUACAGUCAGCUAGAACACUGAAGAGGACAGCCCUCAAGCUCUUUGUUGGCAGGACCCUGCCCAGCUUCUUUGGAAGUAGAAAAAAGAAUAACGAGAAGGGGCUAAAAAAGUGGAUAAGCAAGAGCAAAACUCAUGAUGGCAUCAGCAAGGUCAGUUGGGAAGAAGGGAGAAGAGUGGGGGAUGUACCCACUAGCGACUUUGAGUACCACAGCCAUAAAGAUAAAGUCCUGGUGAGCUGCCAGAGCUCGCAUGCAAUGAAUGAAAUUCUUGAAGGAGGUGUGUCCUCUCGCCUGCCGUCACUGGGUGGUGAUCAUAAACCGUUUUGGGAAAAAUCCUUCAACUUUCCCCGACCAAAGAGAGGGUUUAAAGGGUUAUUCAGCAGCCUCAGGUGUUCCAGAAAGGACAGAGAUGCUGACUCGGUAAAACACGAGAGUUUUGAAUUAUCUGGCGACAUUCAUGAAGAUGUAGUACCUGCUGCUGAAUGCAGGAUUGAUCCACAUGACCGUAAUGCUUCAGGUAGUUUGAGUGAACCCAAGGUGCCUGUUUUAAAUGUCAGAGACAGUUUAGCAACAUGUGAAGUAACUCAGGAAGCCAUUGUGUGUGAAAAAGGUCUUCCUAUAAAUGCCCAGGAAAGUGUGAAAUUAUUAAUGGAAGAUCAGAUCCUGGCAGGUGGGAGUGCGACUGUAGAGGUGAUAGCAGAUGUCCAGAACUUUGAUGAGAAGCUUCCACAUACAAAUCGGGACCUCAGUCAGGUUUCAAUGGUUAACCUGGAAUAUGCAGGUAGAGAACAGCCCUCCAUUCAGACACCUGAUCAGAUUAGUGUGAUAUCUGGUGACACAUCUUCUCUGAAAAGCUUUGGCUCGCUGACCGGUUGUGGAGAUGUCAUUGCCGACCAGAAUGAGGACAGUUUUGCCGAUAAAUCGGUUUUAGAGGAAAAAAAUCCCAGCAAUGGCAAAAGGAGCUCCUGCUAUGUCAAUUACCAAGGUGGGGGAGAAGAAAUGGCCGUCCCUGAUGAGGGAGACAAAGACUACCUUGGGGGAUUGUGGGAAAGUAAAGCUGUGGUGGACAUAGACAGAUUUCCCAGGGGACAGCAAGGUUUGGUGCCAUGUAAACACAUUAUUAGCACUGGGCUUACCUCUGAAGUGCCAUCCGUACCCUCUCCUCACCUGGACACUGCUGGCAGUUCCAGUCUCCUGCAAGCUGACACAGGCACCUUCCUUGUACCAGGAGAUGUGCUGACCCCUCAAAGUGACCAGCAAGGAUCAGUCCCUAACAGUGACGAAGGUUAUUUUGAUUCAAUCACCCCAGGACCAGAUGACGAAGGAGGAGAUGAUAGUGACAGGAUUGGAAGUGAAAGACUACCGAGGGACACUUACAGUGGCGAUGCUCUCUAUGAGCUCUAUGAGCCUGAACACAGCCUCACAACAACUCCUCUUGAGAGUAAAUCCUCUUUAGUAAGUCCCUUUCCUCCUCCAGAGUUUUUACCUUUGAUGUUGCAGAGCUGUGAUACAAAGAGCAGUCAUAGUCUCAUCCAUGAAUCCGGUCUUACAGGGCCUGAAGAGGGCAGAUUAACUAAAACACGACAGUGUUGUGGAUGGCAGGACACACAGAUGGUAACUGCUGAGGAGCAUGUCAUAUUUGAUAAGGGCAGAUUCUGCUCAGAAAAAAUCACCAAGGAAUGUAUGCCGAGAGUUAACAAAAAACAAGCUUGCCUUAAAGAGGGGCACCAGGUGUCAUGGACAACAAAUCCAAAAGUGGAAAACAUCUUGUAUGGAUCGAGUAAGUUUACAGCCAGAAACAAAAAUGGUCAGUGUGUCCCCUGCAUCCCUAAGGUAUCUGACAUCGAUCCACUGAACAUAACAGUGGAAGAUGUAGCUUUUAGUGCCUCUCUCACAAAGACAUCUCACCCAAUGGAAGAUUUAACUCCACAUUUAGAGCAAGACUAUCAAAGGGAUUUGUCAGAAAAUCAAAAAAUGCAGUCUUCAAACAGAGUGGAGGAGGGAGCUGAACAUGGACAGGCUGUUUGCUUUUCGCAAGCACUGGUGGACUUCACAAAACGUUCUGAGCUCUUAAAUAAUAUAUCUCAGAGUUUCAUGGGUCCUGAGCCAAGUGAUUUUGCAGAAAAUGUGCAUGCUCUUCCGUCUAUGGUGACGUUUGAUGUAUUCGAUAUGGAAAACGAGGGGGAAUGUGAUUCCCAGAUAGAAAUGGAGCUUGAGAUGGAGGUUAUGGACGAGGAUGCUGAAUCACCAUAUGAUAUGUCUGCCUAUGAAAGCUACCUACAGAAGGACGCCUUUGCUGAAUGUGAUGACAGAACAUUAAAUGACUUUGAUCAGAGUUUGUUUAUCAGUAACACUUUUGGGGUUGCUAGUCUCCCACGUUAUUUUGGUCUUGCUGGAAUCGAUCCACCUGUGCCAGCCCUGCUAACAUUAAAGAGGAGGAGUAGAUCCCUAGACACAGAUGCCUUGGAACUUGAGCUGAGAGGCAUGUGUCUCACACAAAGACAAGCUAGACCUCUUUUGACUCCCCUUCCCAGAUCCGAGCACUUUUCUGGGACCACAGCCUCUCUCCACCUCAGAAUGAAUGGGCCCUUUGCCAGCUCAGAAACAGAGGUCGGAGCCGACAAGUCAUGGCAACCAGAAACUUCAGGCGGCUCAGUGCCAAGUCUGAUAGGUAAGAAGGAAGUUCAAGUCCAGGGUGCUUUAGACAGAGAAAGGGCCACACCGGCCUGCAGUGAGAUGAAGAAACUACAGCCUACAGGACAAGCUACCAAGUGCAAAAUCAGACCCCAGAUUUCAAAGUGCGCGGUGCAGGACACAUGGUGCUGUAAUUCUAUGCUGCUUAACUCUGGCCAGAUGGCCAGAUCGUCACAUCUGCCAGUACCAUGUCGUCACCGCCUCUCUCCGCCUGAUCCAGAUUUAUCUGGGAUCCUUGGAGAGCACACAUGUAAAGAGCUUUUUCAAGUUACAGCAUUAGACAACAGGAACCAGGAGAAUUUGUCAAAGAAAUCUUUUGCAAAGCAGCCCCAUGAUUCUCCCCUCCAGCACCCCAAGGUCAGGCCUGUAGGGGUCACUCGGGGAAUGCCUCACUUUCAGUCUGACGCAAAUGAAACCUCCAACCCAGCAGUCUUCAAGGAGCUCAGAGAACUUACCAGCAAAGGCAGAAAAGAACUUGGUGUGCCUCUGCAUGUUGGAUGUCACAAACGUAAUGUUUAGAGACUGGACCCUUUGAGUAUGAUGCUAAAUGUAUUUUGACAGCGUUAUUUAUAUUUUUUUGGCUAACAGUAUUUUCAUGUGUCACCAAAGACAUUGUUUACAUCACCUACAGAUAGUUUUUA